UCAUGGCGGGGCCGGGGGAGGGGGCCGGGCUGUUUUUCUGGAGUUGGAGCGGAGGGAGCAGACAAAGCCCAGCUGCCGGCGGCACCAUGGUGCUGGGGGCCGGAGUCCUGCUCUGGAAACUUCUGCUGCUGCAGAGCUCCGCGGUCCUGUGCUCCGGGCCGGCGGGCGGCGCGGUGGUGGCGGAGGCCGCGGUGAGCGGGCCCGCGGGCGGCCGCGCCGAGCUGCGCUGCCAGAGCCCCCGGAUGGUGUGGACGCAGGACCGGCUGCACGACCGGCAGCGCGUGCUGCACUGGGACCUGCGCGGCCCCGCCGGCCCCGCGCGCCGCCUCGUGGACCUGUUCUCGGCGGGCGAGCAGCGCGUGUACGAGCCGCGCGACCGGGGCCGCCUGCUGCUGCCGCCCGCCGCCUUCCUGGACGGCAACUUCUCGCUGCUCAUCCGCGCGGUGGAGGAGGCGGACGCCGGGCUGUACACCUGCAACCUGCACCACCAUUACUGCCACCUGGACGAGAACCUGGCCGUCCAGCUGGAGGUCACCGACGACCCCCGGGCCGCCGGCGCGCACUGGGACGGCGAGAAGGAGGUGCUGGUGGCGGCGCGCGGGGCGCCCGCGCUGCUGACCUGCGUGAACCGCGCGGCCGUGUGGACGGACCGGCAGCCGCUGGAGGAGGCGCAGCAGGUGGCGCACUGGGACCGGCAGCCGCCGGGCGUCCCGCACGACCGCGCCGACCGCCUGCUCGACCUGUACGCGUCCGGCGAGCGCCGCGCCUACGGGCCGCCCGUGCUGCGCGACCGCGUGUCCGUGCGCGCCGACGCCUUCGCGCGCGGCGACUUCUCGCUGCGCAUCGAGCCGCUGGAGCCGGCGGACGAGGGCACCUACUCCUGCCACCUGCACCACCACUACUGCGGCCUGCACGAGCGCCGCGUCUUCCGCCUGACGGUCACCGCGCCCGCCCCGCCGCCGCCGCCGCCCCCGGGCAACGGCUCCCGCCCCGGCGGCGCGCCGGCCCCAGACCCCACGCUGGCGCGCGGCCGCAGCGUCAUCAACGUGAUCGUGCCCGAGGGCCGCGCGCUCUUCUUCCAGCAGCUGGGCUACGUGCUGGCCGCGCUGCUGCUCUUCCUGCUGCUGCUGCUCACCGUGGUGCUGGCCACGCGGCAGCGCCGGCGCGGGGGUUAUGACUACUCGGACCAGAGGCCUGGGAGGGCCAGGGGGAAGGACGUGAACUUGUCGGAGUUUCCUGUGGCCACAGGGGACCAGGCCUUCUGCAGGAGCGAGGACUUCCCGCUGGAUUACAAAAACAACCUCCUGAAGGAGCGGGCUGCGCUGGCGCAGUGCCCCCCGCCCGCCAAGCACAUCGACCUGGACAAAGAGUUCCGGAAGGAGUACUGCAAGUGAGGAGGCGGCCCGGGCUGGCCGGCCGGCCACCCUCCCCGGCGUCCGCCUGCCCCGCCGCUCCCGACCCUCCAGCGGCUGGUCCCGCUGCCCCGAACUGAACCGGACUGAGCUGGCGGGAGAAGGCAGAGCGCUCCCCUGGAGCCGCCCCCAGAGCCCUCACCUCACCAGCAGCGGGGCGGGGGCCUCCUUGGCUCCGCCUGCUCCGGGCUGCACCCCGCCCCCCGGCAGCCCCCUGCAGCGCACACGGCCGGCCCUGCCCCCUCCGGCCAGCCGAGCCCACCGCCGGUCACCCGGCCUCUCCAGGCCUCUGCCCUCUGGGGGAGCCCGGCCGCUGCAGGGGGCAGCGGGGGCCUGGGGGCUGGGUCAGCCGGGGGCUGGGUCAGCCCGGGGCUGGCACUGCCCCUUCCUCAGGCCUUCCUGGGGGAGCUGCCCUCUGGCUCCGGACUGCACUGCGUCUUGUUAGCCAGGCUGCCCUGCGCGGGCACGGGGCCUAAGGACAGCAUUCCCUGCCCCGGCUGAUGUCCCUCUGCUGCCACCGGCCGCCUGGGCUGUGGGGCCCUAUCUCCGCUUCCAGCCUCCUUUGCAAUCAGCUGCCUUGACAGACCCUGGGCUCCAGGCGACUUUGGGCCCCUCCCUGGGCAGGAGCCCGGGGCUGGGGCGUCAUUUGGCUUCUGUUCUAUCCAAAGACCAAGGACGGAGGAGGGUGAAGAUGGUGCUAGAGUGGCCCCCGCAGCCACUCCAGACGCCCCAUUGGCACCUCCUGGGGAAUGGCCACAUCACAAUAAAGACCUUUCUGAUUGGUA